CGGCUUUGCCACCUGAAGCCAGCAACGGAAGAGGGCCUGCAGCUGCCCAGGAGCUGCAGAGGGUAGGGCACCAGCACCCCGCAGGAGGGGCCAGCUCCACGGAGGCCAGCAGUCAGCCACGGGAGCGCAGAAGAGCUCCCCGAGCAAGAGCCAUGGCCCGGCCACCCUUCUGCUGGCUGUGGAUUCUGGGGACCCUGGCGGGGCUCUCAGCGACCCCAGCCCCCAAACGCUGUCCAGAGAAGCACUACUGGGUCCAGGGAGAACUGUGCUGCCAGACGUGUAAGCCAGGAACUUUCCUCGUGAAGGACUGUGACAGGCAUGGCGAGUCUGCUCAGUGUGACCCGUGUAUCCUGGGGGCCUCUUUCUCACCAGAGCACCACUCCCGGCGCCACUGUGAGAGCUGUCGGCAUUGUAACUCUGGUCUUCUCAUCCGAAACUGUACCCUCACCACAAAUGCAGAGUGUGCCUGCCCCAAGGGCUGGCAGUGCAGGGACAAGGAGUGUACAGAGUGUGAUCCUCCUUCAAACGCCUUGCUGACCCUGCCUCGACCAUCUCAGGCCCCGGGCCUACACCCACAACCCACCCACUUCCCUUAUACCAAAAAUGUGCAGGAGGCCAGGACAGGCCGGCAGGUGCAGACUCUGGCAGACUUCAGGCGGCUGCCUGUCCCAGCUCUCUCGACCCACUGGCCACCCCAAAGCUCCCUGUGCAGCUCAGACUGCAUCCGCAUCUUUGUGAUCCUGUCUGGAAUGUUUCUUGCUUUCACCGUGAUCGGAGCCCUGUUCUUCCAUCAACAAAGAAAAUACAGACUAAACAAAGAAGAAAGUCCAGUGGUGCCUGCCGAGCCUCGUCCUUACAGCUGCCCCAGGGAGGAAGAGGGCGGCGCCAUCCCCAUUCAGGAAGAUUACCGAAAACCCGAACCUGCUUCCUACUCCUGAGCUGGCGCACCGCGAAGGGCGGUGGGCGGGUCAUCACUACAACAGAAUCCCUGCCUCCAUCCCACCCCAGCGGCCAUCCACGGAGAAGGAGACCUGGCACACACACCCCACUCGCCGACCCCUCACUCCCACCCCCACCCCUGGGUUUCAGCACCAUCCUGUCAUCAGGACCCUUUCCUGUGCGCAGACUUGAGAAAGUGCCUUUUGGAGACUGGCAGUGACAAGGACGCAUGGGGAUGAGGCGGAGGGUAGGACGCAUGGGCCCCGAGUGUGUCCUGGCCCAGCCACCUUCAUCCCUGUGCUGCACUGGAGGGCUGGGGCCCGAGCUGGAGAACACACUUUCCCCUACGAACCACCACAUGCUGCAUCACUGACCUAGAAAUUCAGCAAAAUAAAGUGACAGCCAGCCACA